AUCAUUGAUCUACUGGAAGUUGUCUAUUAUUACAACGCCCGUCCUGCUUUGCCUUGUCCUUCAGCUGACAUUUUAAAACUCCAUCUCGUGGAGAGCAUACGUGGAGUUAAAUAUUUACUUGUUUCUACAUAAAUUAAUUCCGACAUGUCCAAAAUCGGUAUCAACGGUUUCGGCCGCAUUGGCCGUCUGGUCCUCCGUGCCGCCGUCGAGAAGGGCGCCCAGGUCGUUGCCAUCAACGACCCCUUCAUCGGCUUGGACUACAUGGUCUACCUCUUCAAGUACGACUCCACCCACGGUCGCUUCAAGGGCUCCGUUGACAUCCAAGAUGGCCACCUUGUCGUCAAUGGAAACAAAAUCGCCGUCUUCUCCGAGAGGGACCCCAAGGCCAUCCCAUGGGGCAAGGCUGGCGCUGAAUACGUCGUUGAAUCCACUGGUGUUUUCACAACCACAGAGAAGGCCUCUGCUCAUUUAGAGGGUGGUGCUAAGAAGGUCAUCAUCUCCGCUCCCAGCGCUGACGCACCCAUGUUCGUCGUUGGUGUCAACCUUGAAGCGUAUGACCCCUCUUACAAGGUCAUCUCCAACGCUUCCUGCACAACCAACUGCCUUGCUCCUCUCGCUAAGGUCAUCCAUGACAACUUCGAGAUCAUUGAAGGUCUGAUGACCACUGUACACGCCACCACUGCCACCCAGAAGACAGUGGAUGGACCCUCUGGCAAACUGUGGCGUGAUGGCCGUGGUGCCCAGCAGAACAUCAUUCCCGCCUCCACCGGUGCUGCUAAGGCCGUUGGCAAGGUCAUUCCCGCUCUGAACGGAAAGCUGACUGGUAUGGCUUUCCGUGUCCCCGUCCCGAACGUGUCUGUCGUUGACUUGACUGUUCGUCUUGGCAAGCCCGCCACCUACGAUGCCAUCAAACAGAAGGUUAAGGAGGCCGCUCAGGGUCCUCUGAAGGGCAUCCUCGACUACACCGAGGAGCAGGUCGUGUCAUCCGACUUCAUCGGUGAUUCUCACUCGUCCAUCUUCGAUGCUGCUGCCGGUAUCUCUCUGAACGACAACUUCGUGAAGCUCAUCAGCUGGUACGACAACGAGUUCGGCUACUCCAACCGUGUCAUCGAUCUCAUCAAGUACAUCCAGACCAAGGAUUAAAUGUUUGCUUGCUGUGUAGAGAUAAAUGUUGUUAUGAAUGUUUAAGCAUAUGAUUUCGUCGACAGUUAUCGACUUUUAUAAUUUAAGUUUAAGUAUAGCGUUCAAAACUAAAUUAUUAUUUAACUACUUUGAUAGUGGUGUCAAAAAUGUGUAAAUUGUCACAUUUAUAUAUCGCAAUUAAAAUUGGAUCACAAUAAAAUAAAAAUAAUAUAAAAACA